GAUUCUCUUCUUUCCCAUUCGCUGUUUUCUUCAUCUCGAUGACUGAAAGUCUGAAAGUUCUUUGUUUGAAUUAUUAAUCCGAAAAUGGCAGGUUGGAAUUAUCCGGAAAUAUCCCUAGAAGAUUUGCUGAAAGCAAUAAAAGGGUUCAUAGAUAUGUUGAUUCUAGCUUCUGGGUAUCAAUCAUCUGGUCGUCUUGCCCGCUGGGAUUCGGGUAAUAUCAAGAGAGCUCUUCAGUGGGCUCUGUUUCUCGAGGAUGUGAUUGGUAGCUUGAACAGUCAAGAUGAGUACAGAGAUUCUCUGGAGGAGCUUGAUGUAGCUUUAUGUGAGAUGAUUUCUAUGCCAUAUUUCCCCAAGGGUUUAGAACAUCUAUCAUCUAAGACUCUUAGCAAUGCGAGAAAUUUAAUGUUAGAACAUCUGACUCAUACCUUACCACUGAGGGAUUUGCAUCUAAGAGCUCUAGUGACAGCGACCGUUGAGAUGGAUUUUCACAUGCUUCCAAAUGCAGAUAGUGAUUGCCUUGACAAACAUUUUGAAGAAUUGAUGCAUAGUGAAUCAAAGAAACCUGCUUUCAAUGUGAGCAGACAUUUAAUGGAAGACUCAGUAAACACAUCUAUGAUGACUUCUCCUAGUAGAAAAGCUAAUGAUGCUGCCUGCAGCUUUUCUGCCAUCACUGCACGAGAACUUGGAAGGAGACAUGUGGCAGUGUCAUCACUAUCUGCAGCAGAGACGUGCUUGGAGAUGUUGUCUCGCAGUGAAUACCAUUUGAAUGUAAGUGAGCGUGGCAAGAGCUUGCAUGAUGGUGUGGCUCACACAGGAGCUUUAACGUCUGAUGAAGUGCCGAUCGAUCCUUUUACCUGGAAUCUUUUGAAAUCAAGAAACCUCUCUUAUCUGCUUGACAAGAGAACUAUUAGACUGGUAUCAGGCGCCAAUCUUAUUCUUUCAGCUCCCGAGGACCAAUGGGUUCGAGUGUUUGGACGGCUAAAUAUUUCAACUGAAGCUGAACAUAAUUUAUGUGAAACAGUGGAGCUUUUGUUACUGGGAUGUGUUGCAAGCAAAUGGAAAAAUUUGAUUGAACAUUUAAUGUCGAGUUCAUACAAACCUGUUACUAUAUCAAAACUAUGCCAAGAGGUGCUCAACAUAGUGGUUGGAGGUUGUAAAAACCUUUGUUGCAAAGCUAAUAUGACGAGUUCAAAGGAUAGAAGUGUUGUAAGGUUUCUGGAAGGCUUGCUAAGCAGUCGGCUAUACACGUUGUGGAAACUGUCACCUAUCCUAGCAGCAUUUGCAAUUCCUUCCCGGUCACCGUUGUUUAGAUCAUAUUUAAGGGAGCUGGAGAGUCAAUUGAGAGGAGACACAUCAUUGACAAGCUCUUGUGGUUGCGCCAAGGAUGGAAAGGAGCAUAGAGAAUGCGACCUAGUUGACAGACUCUGGUGCCUCUAUAUAUACCAUAUUCACAGUUCCGCUUAAUGCCCGGUUGUUCUACUUCUCCCCAAUUUCUCAGCUCCAGAGCCAUUGGUGGAGGUGAAGGCCCCCUCGGUGACACUAAACGCGGGAUGAAAAUCUUGAAUGUGCUAGGCAUGAAGUGGCGGGGGAGAGGCGGUGGCGCCUCUGCAGUCACCCUUCUCAGCCUGCAGAAAAGGGCGUCCCCGAGAAACUGCUGCAGAGGAUGGCGUGUUGCAAGGCGUUUGGAAUGGAGGUUCGGGUUGUGGUGCAGAAAGCUCAGAGAAGCUUUGGGGUGCCAAAGAAACAGUGUGCAGCAGUUCAGCUAUGAUCCUCAGAGCUAUUCUCAAAAUUUUGAUGAUGGGCACUUCAAGGAACAUCUCUCACCUUUAGCUCCACUCUGAUUUUUUUUUUUUGCCUUUUUGCUGCAAUUCUUCAUAAGCUGAUUGGAGUGGCAGCUUAAGUUGAUCCUACUUUAAGCUUUAUGUAUCUUCUUCAUCCCAUCAAGGCCUGUAUAAUACUUAUUUGCAUUUUGAUUUGGAUAGUGUGGUGUCACUUCAUACAACAUACACUUUACUUUUAUGGAAUAGUAUUUUAUUA